GAAGGAGUUCGCCGGCUGAGGCAUAUAUCCUCUUGUUGUGACGCGGUAGCGAUACGUUAGCGAGUUAUGAGAGACCCUGAUCUACUGACGGAUAUCCCAGAGCUGCCGAAUGAUUCGCCCAAAAUGGAUCUCAGCAUUCACGCGGAGAGACAAAGGUUCCCUUUCUGCAUCGUUUGGACCCCGUUGCCCAUCCUGACAUACAUCCUGCCCUUCAUCGGACACAUGGGCAUUGCGACGUCAACGGGAGUGAUAAGGGAUUUUGCUGGCCCUUACUAUGUUUCCGAAGAUAACAUGGCAUUCGGUAAACCUACGAAAUAUUGGCAACUGGAUUAUACCAAGGCCAAGGGAGGCGUACAAGGAUGGGACGCGGGUGUAAUGGAAGCUAGCGAGAUUUACAAAGCUAGAAUGCACAAUCUAUGCUGUGACAACUGUCAUUCGCAUGUGGCGACAGCUUUGAACCUGAUGUCGUAUGGUGACUCGAGCAAUUGGAACAUGGUAAAACUUGCGUUCCUGAUGUUGAUUCACGGAAAAUUUAUCAUGUUUGUUUCAGUGUUCUGGGCUUUCUUAAGACCUGGUUACCCUUUUUCAUACUUGUUACAAUUAUAUUGACAUUAAGUUUGUGUGUAAGUUAAGUACAUAUAGGUAUAAGUGCAUAGGGUAAGUGUAUCAGUGACUAAUACCUGCCACUUCUGUUAAGAAAAUAAGGCAACUGAACACGGGAUACAUAUAGACUACAGUGUUUGCCCCUUGAAGUGACAGUUCAAAUCUAUAUCCUGUUUUCACAUCUAAUUUUUUUCUAACAAAAGUAGCAGGCGUCAACUACUGGUACUAGUUACCUUGUAUAUUAUAAAAUGUCAAUUUACAGUUAUAGAUUUAUCAUGUCACUUUAUAAUUAUCCCAAAACAUUUUACGAGAUACUCUACGAGAAUUUGGCAAGUAAGAACAAACUUAUCAGACACCCUGUAUUAAUAUAUUGUAGCUUUUCUGAAACGGCAGUUUUUGGCGUUGCAUCCUUAAGUGCGGGAGAUGCAGCAAGAUCGUAAGGGAUGCCAUGCCAAACUUUAGCAGAACACAUCUGUCUACAUUUAUUAGAUAUAAAUAUAAUUUAUUUUCUUUCAGUUUUGCAACUUAAAAUGCGCAUACACAUUGUCUAUAUAAGCGUUAUGUAACAAUAAAAUUAAGUCCAAGA